UCAUUUUCCAUGCUGUGCUUAGAAGCACUACCCAAAACCCUAAUCGGACCGCUAUUUUUUGCUCUCACUUUACAUUUUCCAGAUUUUUCUUUUGAAUCUUGUUUUCAUUUGUUUGAUUUUUGUUAAAUUCUGCUGAUAGUUGUGUUUGUGUUAUGGUGAAGCUAGGGUUUGCUGUCUCCACACGUUUCUUGUAACUGUGGAAACUGACAUCGGUGAUCAGAGCUAUUCCAGCAUUGAACCAAAUCCUUACCAGUCAAUUUUAAGUGUGGAUUUUGGACAAACAAAUGUCAUCCCCAUAUCCUAUUCUGGAGAAUCGACCAAUUGAUCAGUGGAAAGUCACAGAGCUAAGGGAAGAGCUUAAGAGACGCAAGUUAACAACAAAAGGGCUGAAGGAAGAUUUGGUGAAGCGGUUGGAUGAAGCACUUCGCAGUGAGCAGGAAAGUGAACAGGGAAACACUGGUGAUGGUUUUGAUUCUGCCCCUGAGUCUAAAGUUGAAUCUGAAAAAGAAAAGACUGAGUUAUUUGAUGCUAAUAAGGAGAAGGAUGCUCCUGUUGCUUGUGAUUCAAUAGGUGAUAAAGUGGAAAGUGAAGUGCAUAAAGUUGAUCUUGGUGACAACAGAACGCCAUCUGAUGAUGGUAAAGUUGUUGAAGGAGAACAAGUUCAUUCAAUUGGUGAAGAAGUGGGGCAACAUAGUAAUUUGGAAACUAAUGUUGUGGUUGGCGAGACUGUGGAUUCAGCGAUGGCUUUGGAUGGGCAGGAUUCACAAAAUCAAGGAAUACAGAAUGAAGGGGAUUCAAAAACAGAGCUCCAAAAUCCUGGUUCAGAGUCUUCUGACGUGAAUGCCAAAAUUGUUUCACCUAAGCGAAAUAAUCAGGUAUCUGAGGUCAGCCCUGUUUUGGAGUCUCAUGUAAACUCUGGUACUGUUUCUACUGAUAUCUCAAUUAGUGAAAAAAUAGAAAUAAAGAAUAAUGUGAUUACUGAUGUCAAACUAGAAGUCGAUGUUAAGCCUGAGGUGGUGCAUCUAUCAUCCAGCAAUGUUGUUCCUGGCGGUGAAUCUCAUCCAAUGGAUGUUGAAGAGCCACUUGACAACAAGUUAUCUGUGGAGCAAGGCAGCAUUGACCAAAUUAAUGACAAUAGAGAUUCAGGUUCAUCUGAAAAGUUGCAUUCAGGGAAAAAGUCUGCUGAUGACUCCAUGGAGGCAAAUGUGUCUGAGAGUAAACAGAUUGAUUCUAAGGUGGAUACUGAGAAAAAUGGAGAUAAUGUGGAAGCAGUGAACAGAAAGGUGGUAGAUCCUGAUGUUGUCAGGAAUCAUAUAACUGCAGAUGUGAAAGCUGCUUCUAUUGAAAACAAAAGUGACCCAGCUGUGCAAUCUGUGAAAAGGAAGGCCAAUGAUGAUGAAGCAGUGGUUAGCAAAGGUACUGUGAAGAGGCAGCGUAGAUGGAAUUCAGAAAAUCUCGAAAUUCCACAGAAUCAGAGUGGAACCAUCAUUGCUUCUACUACACCUAAGAAUGCAUCCCAUCCUACUUUCAAACGCAGUUUGUCUAUGUCUAAUUCGAUGGCUAGUGAAGAAUUAACAAAGGAACGUGUGGUUCCACCAUCACCCAAACCUGCUACAAAUUCUCUCAGAAUUGAUCGUUUUCUGCGUCCUUUUACCUUGAAAGCUGUGCAAGAACUACUCGGUAAAACUGGUACCGUCACAAGUUUCUGGAUGGAUAACAUCAAAACCCACUGCUAUGUGUCGUAUUCAUCUGUUGAAGAAGCUAAUGAAACUAGAAAUGCUUUGUACAACUUGCAAUGGCCUUCAAAUGGGGGAAGGCUACUGGUAGCUGAGUUUGUUGAUCCCCUGGAAGUUAAAAUGCAUGUUGAGGGUCCUCCUCAAUCUCCUGUAACUCCUGUAAGCAUGGGCCCUACUGCAUCUGCUGCCCCACCAGCUAUGCAAGCACAGCCUUUGAGGCAACAGGUUCAGAAAAAGCAGCUUCCACCUCCUCCAACUCUCCCACCACCGCCACCAUUGUGUAAUCCACCCCCACUGAAAGAGAGGCAUACUCUUCCACCACCACCUCCACUUCCUGCAAAAGUUGACCCUCCAAUUGUCACAUUGGAUGAUCUUUUUAGGAAGACCAGAGCAACACCUCGUGUUUACUACCUUCCAUUGUCUGAUGAACAAGUUGAAACAAAGCUCAAGGCACAGGGGAAGGAUACUAAGCAGUAUGCAGGUCUUGCAUAUAGGAUUUUCCAGUUAUGGUGCAGGAGAAGCUGGUCCGUUGAGGGUUUUGUGGUUUUUCGAAGAUCAUUUUGGUUUGAAACUGAAUUAAAUUUUGCAUCCCCAGUGGGGCAUCCUUAUCCUGUCCUCUGCUCUGCUUCUCUACCAAAGCAAAGUUCCAAGUUUAAACUUCCAUGGUUAGAAUCUAAAGUCCUGGUGAAUGGAAGGCAUUUAUGGAUCUCCUUUAGGCUGGAACUUCCAUGUAGUUCAGAAUGUAGCAUUUUGAAAAUGGACAUAAAUUCUUGUUUGCAACCUCAUAUCUUCACUGCUGAAGUUGUAGUGCAUUUUGUGUUUACAUGCUAUGUGUUUAUAAGUGAUGUUAUAUGAUCAUUAAUCACGGAACCCUUUAAAACCAGGAGAAAAAUGCAUAGCAUGCUUACUUAUUAACAUUUCAGUACUUAA